AUGGCACCUGUUUUUCAAUCGAGCUUCUCUAUACGCUCCCUGCUCUCCGAAACUCAACUGGACAGCAAAAAUGAUCAGAAGUAUUACGUGAAUGGCUCGCCCAGUAGCCCCAGCGAUUCAAAUUCUUCGGAGGAUGCAUCGUCCGAUGAAUGCAAUGCAGGAAGUGGAUCCAAUCGCAAUGCCAGCGAUGCCAAGCCGGCCUUCACAUAUAGCGCCCUGAUUGUUAUGGCCAUUCGAAGCAGUCCGGAGAAACGUUUGACCCUGAGUGGUAUUUGUAAAUGGAUUGCCGAUAAUUUCGCAUAUUAUCAGAACCACAAGAGUGUCUGGCAAAACUCGAUACGUCACAAUUUGAGCCUCAAUCCGUGUUUUGUGCGGGUGCCGCGUGCUUUGGACGAUCCGGGACGUGGACAUUAUUGGGCUUUGGAUCCAUUUGCCGAAGACCUAACAAUUGGUGAGACGACAGGGCGGCUGAGACGCAGCAAUCAGACAGCGAUGAUGGGCCGCCACAUGGCCGCAUUAUCCAACAUUUCGUGUAAUCGUUCGAAGGCAGCUCUGCCAUAUGGCAAGGGUUAUAUGCAUCCUUAUCAACAACAACAACAACAUCAGCAGCAGCAGCAGCAGCAGUCCACCGAUACAGCCACAUUGUAUGCUCAGUUCUUUAGAAGCAAUGCGGCUGCUUAUUGUCCCAUCCCUGACGAACUCCAGACAAUUAUGAUGCACAACUAUCAACGCAAUCAGCAACAGCAACAGCAGCAACAACAAAGACAGAAGCAGAAGCAGAAGAAGCGGCAGCCCCUGCCUCAGAAGGCGCAGAGUCGCCUUUACAGCUUCCGACUGGAAUCCGUUUUGCCAACUGAAAAUGAGGCAAUAUAG